AUGGAGGUCGCCACCACGGCUUCAAGCUUCGCGCUUCACACGCGCAUGUUAGCAUCGCCAACCACUCGCCGAGCCCUAAGCUCUAGCCGCACCCAAACGACGUCGUCCCCUACCCUUCCCAGAGCUUCCCUCUCCACCAAUUUCCUCUCUCCCUUCGCCGGCACCAGCAUCUCCUCCGAAUUUUCCGGCCACAAGCUCCGCCCCUUGAGCCUCAACCCAGCGUCGUUCCGUGGCUCCAAGCCCAAACGCGGUGUCGUCACCAUGGUUAUUCCGUUUCAAAGAGGAAGUGCAUGGGAGCAACCGCCUCCAGACCUGGCAUCAUAUCUGUACAAAAAUCGAAUUGUGUACUUGGGCAUGUCACUUGUUCCUUCAGUGACGGAAUUGAUACUGGCGGAGUUUCUCUACCUUCAGUAUGAAGAUGAAACGAAGCCCAUUUACUUGUACGUAAAUUCCACUGGAACAACCAAGGGUGGUGAGAAGUUGGGUUACGAAACAGAGGCUUUUGCAAUAUAUGAUGUCAUGAGGUAUGUCAAACCACCUAUAUUUACUCUUUGUGUUGGUAACGCUUGGGGAGAAGCUGCCUUACUUUUGGCUGCUGGUUCGAAGGGAAACCGUUCUGCUUUACCCUCAUCAACAAUCAUGAUGAAGCAGCCAAUUGCAAGGUUUCAAGGUCAAGCAACAGAUAUUGAACUUGCAAGAAGGGAAGUGAGGAAUGUUAAAGACGAGUUGGUUAAGCUCUUUUCAAAGCAUCUUGGAAAGUCAACUGAGCAAAUUGAAGCAGACAUUAGACGUCCGAAAUAUUUUAGUCCUAGUGAAGCAGUUGAAUAUGGCAUCAUAGACAAGGUACUGUACAAUGAAAGGACUACCGAAGACAGAGGAGUUGUCUCAGACCUGAAAAAAGCACAACUUAUUCCAUAG